AUGGUGCGCAUGUUCAAUCGUUUCUACGUGCUGUGUGUACUCGCAGCAUGUACGAUUCUCACAUCGGCAUGGUUCUUGACGUCACGGCGGUUCCCCGACCUUGUUCCUCUGGCAGUAGGCCCAUUCCAAGUAGCCAGCACAUUUGACCAGCGGCUAGUGGUAUUUGGGGAUUCAUGGAGCGACAACUCAACCACAAAUUCACAAGGGGGCGUAUGGACGGAUUGGCUCUGUUCAAUGGUAAGUUUCUUUUCCCCCGGCCAAAACAGAACGGCUUUUAACUCGAAUCAGUUCUCCUGUCAUCAAGAGAACCUGGCACAGACUGCGAACCCACUCCUCAGAGGAAAAAACGUUGGCGCCGUUGUCGAUAACAAAGAAUUAGAUCUUGUGGGUAGGCUAUCGCAGACACAUCUAGCAGACUUUAAGUCUCAGCUCGAACAGUGGCUCGUGGCCGAAUCAACAUUAAGUCUAUCUGCAGAAGAAGUACGCUUCCGACAGGAUCACACCAUUUUCGUGGUGUCGUUCGGCGUGUGGGACCUCUGGAGCCUGAUUGGCAAAGACUACGACGCCGCAAAACAGUCGAUCGAGCGUCGCAUCACACGAAUUAUGGAGCACCUCGACGAACUGUCGUCGCGCUGGGGCACGUCAGAAUUGAAAGUAAUUCUGACGCAGACGGUUGACGUGACCUUCCUCCCGGGCUUUGAACCGGCAGAUCAGACCAAGGACACGGUGCGAAUGCUAGAGCACUGGAACCAGCAACUACGGGAGGCGGCGAAGGAGUGGACACAGGGGACUAUAUAUAUAUUCGACACGAACACAUUCAUAAUGGAUCGCAUUCGCGACUACCAACUCUACGCGGCGGGCAUUGAAGAAGAGAAUGGGCUUGGGAAGAAUUUGGACGGAUGGGUGAAUGUCGUGGAGCCCUGUGUUGAGAGUGGGCUUCGGGUCAUGAUGUCAAAAGAGAGGAAACAGUGUGAGCAGCCAGAGAAGUAUCUGUUCUGGUAA